UGGUUCAUUUAGUGCCUCUAGUGAUGAUGGUUCAUCUGGUCCUUAUGGUGAUAGUAAUUCAUUUGGUGCUUCUGAUGAUAGUGGUUUGUUUGGUGCUUCUGGUUAUGGUGGUUCAUCUGGUCCUUAUGGUAAUGGUGGUUCAUUUAGUGCUUCUGGUGAUGGUGAAGGUUACACAUUUUGA